UUGACUAGAGAUACCACUACACGCCCAUACAUCUCCCCCUCCCCCUCUACGCACAAAUCCUAUUUUUCCAAAUUAUUUACAAAAACUAAGCCGACUUUUUUUUAUUUAAAUGUAUAAAUCUCAGAUCUUUUAGAUUCUCGUCCUUUAGACGAAAAUCUUUUCGAAAUUAGGGUUAGCGUCUUCCUUCGAUCUGCCUUUGGGUUUUGAUCGCUCUGAUAGAUUCACAAGAUUCGAUCCUGGAAUCAUGGCGAUGCACGAAAGGAAGACGAUAGAUUUGGAGCAAGGAUGGGAGUUUAUGCAUAAAGGGAUCACGAAGCUGAAGAACAUCUUGGAGGGGCUCCCUGAGCCCCAAUUCAGCUCCGAAGAUUACAUGAUGCUCUACACGACUAUUUAUAAUAUGUGCACUCAGAAACCCCCGCAUGAUUACUCGCAGCAGCUUUAUGAUAAAUAUCGGGAGUCGUUUGAGGAGUAUAUUACGGCGACAGUAUUGCCAUCUCUAAGAGAGAAGCAUGAUGAAUUCAUGUUGAGGGAACUAGUGAAAAGAUGGAUGAAUCACAAAGUUAUGGUGAGGUGGCUUUCUCGGUUUUUCCACUACUUGGAUCGCUAUUUCAUUGCUCGGAGGUCUCUUCCUGCACUCAAUGAAGUUGGAUUAACCUGCUUCCGAGAUUUGGUUUUUAAUGAGAUUAAAGUCAAAGUCAGAGAUGCUGUGAUCUCCCUGAUUGACCAAGAACGCGAGGGUGAACAGAUUGAUAGAGCAUUGUUGAAAAAUGUUCUGGAUAUAUUUGUUGAAAUUGGGUUGGGGAGUAUGGAUUGCUAUGAAAAUGACUUUGAAGCAGCCAUGUUGUAUGAUUCUGGUGCCUAUUAUUCUCGUAAGGCAUCAAAUUGGAUUCUAGAGGAUUCAUGCCCAGAUUACAUGUUAAAGGCUGAGGAGUGCCUAAAGCGUGAGAAGGAUAGAGUUGCACAUUACUUGCACUCUAGCAGUGAACCAAAGUUGUUGGAGAAAGUGCAACAUGAGCUACUGUCGGUGUAUCUAACGCAGCUACUUGAGAAAGAACAUUCUGGAUGCAAUUCAUUGCUUCGAGAUGACAAGGUGGAUGAUCUCUCAAGGAUGUAUAGGCUCUUCUGUAGGAUUCCUCAUGGCCUUGAGCCUAUCUCUGUGAUGUUCAAACAACAUGUUACUGCCGAAGGUCUAGCCUUAGUCAAACAAGCAGAAGAUGCAGCUAGCAACAAGAAGGCAGAGAAAAGGGACGUUGUUGGUUUGCAAGAACAGGUCUUUGUCAGAAAAAUAAUUGAGUUGCAUGACAAGUAUUUGGCUUAUGUGCAAAAUUGCUUCCAGAACCAUUCCCUUUUCCACAAGGCUCUAAAAGAGGCUUUUGAAGUUUUUUGCAACAAGACUGUUGCAGGCAGCUCAAGUGCUGAGCUGCUGGCUACUUUUUGUGAUAAUAUACUUAAGAAGGGUGGAAGUGAGAAACUAAGUGAUGAAGCUAUUGAAGAGACACUUGAGAAGGUGGUUAAGCUGCUUGCAUAUAUUAGCGACAAAGAUCUUUUUGCUGAGUUUUAUAGGAAAAAGCUUGCUCGGAGACUGCUUUUUGACAAAAGUGCAAAUGAUGAGCAUGAGCGGAGUAUUCUGACGAAACUAAAACAACAAUGCGGGGGGCAGUUUACCUCCAAGAUGGAGGGAAUGGUCACUGAUUUGACCUUGGCGAAAGAGAAUCAAACAAACUUUGAGGAGUAUCUUAGAGAUAACUCGAACGUAAAUCCAGGAAUUGACCUGACUGUUACUGUCUUAACUACUGGUUUCUGGCCAAGCUACAAAUCUUUUGAUCUCAGCCUUCCAGCAGAGAUGAUUAAAUGCGUGGAAGUUUUCAAGGAGUUCUAUCAAACAAAAACCAAGCACAGAAAGCUCACAUGGAUAUACUCGUUAGGUACCUGCAAUAUUCUGGGGAAGUUUGAGGCCAAAACCAUAGAGCUGGUUGUGACAACUUAUCAGGCUGCUGCAUUGUUGCUUUUUAAUAACUCAGAUAGGUUGAGUUAUUCUGAGAUUAUGGCCCAGCUAAACUUGUCAGACGACGAUGUGAUCAGAUUACUUCAUUCCCUUUCUUGUGCUAAGUACAAGAUUCUUAACAAGGAGCCGAGUACUAAGUCCAUAACUCCGAACGAUCAUUUUGAAUUUAACUCCAAGUUCACGGACAAAAUGAGAAGGAUUAAGAUUCCUCUACCCCCUGUGGAUGAAAAAAAGAAGGUAAUUGAAGAUGUUGAUAAAGAUCGAAGAUAUGCUAUUGAUGCCUCAAUAGUGCGAAUUAUGAAAAGUCGGAAAGUUUUGAAUCAUCAGCAACUAGUCCUGGAAUGUGUAGAACAACUUGGGCGCAUGUUCAAGCCUGACUUCAAGGCGAUUAAGAAGAGGAUAGAAGAUCUCAUCACCAGGGAUUAUCUUGAGAGGGACAAAGACAAUGCUAAUGUCUACAAAUAUCUCGCCUGAUCAAAGGAACACAAACUUUUGCCUGUCCUGUUUUUCUCCCUUACAGCUAUGAUCAGUGGUUUCGAACGCAUUUCGUCCUAAGCAUGGGGUAAUUUAUCACUGCGCACAGGUGAUAUCUGCUGCAGGACACCUGGAAGUAUCAAGGAGCUUGUGCUUGCCUUUAUUUGAAAUUCCACUUUAAGUGGAUGUGUAAAUUACCAGAGGAUCAUUUUGUUCAAUUUGUGAAAUUCUCAACUGAAUGAGUCAAUGACUAUAUAGUUCUAUUGGUGCUAAGUUGACAUUCUUUUGACUUUGCACUUUCUGUACCUAAUGUUCGUCAUCCAACUUUGAGAUUUAGUCUCAAGUAUGUGUUAUUGUGAUUUCCAGUGACAGUAAUUCUGAAUAAAUACAGGCGCCAAUGAUGCACAUAGUUGCAAUGUAUCUGUGCAAAUUACGGAGAUUUGAAUUAGAAAGCAGAUAUUGAUGUAAAA